AUGCUUUUUGUCGUUAGAGCCAUUGUUAAAAUUCCAAACGUCGAGACUGCAACAACGUCACUUCUUCGUCUUGUACCAGAAUCGAACAAAUUGAAUGGUGCGAGAUUUCCAUCGCUGCCGUAAAUAUCUUCGAGCUUGAGUUAUCCGGCGAACGUCUCCCGCCAAUUUUUUGAACGCAAUAUAUUCUGUUGUUGGUUUCGAUUCGGUUGGUAGCCGUGCAAAGAGUCAUUUAACGCGUACCAAUUUGUCUUUGGAUCAACAGUUCUAGCAAAUACUCGAUGAUAUCGCUUCAUUUCAAAUAAAUCGAGUGUGAUGUUAGUUUGGUCGUGCAAUAUACCGAAAAACGCACCAUGUCAGCUAUACUCCGCGCAAUUGAAUCUGGCGCGCUAUAGCGCAUACACAGCCUUUGUCAUUGGUAUUAGUGUUGACAGCUAACUUCAUUAUAUUCACUUAAUAAUUGCUAGAAUUUUGAUAUUUGCACUUUAAAUAUUAAUAUUAGAGGUUCGAGAUGUAUAGAAUAUCAAAUCAGCUUGCUCAUUAACGCAAUUUGUACACAUGCGUCUGUCAACAGAACCUACACCUGGCUCAGCCGUGCUAUGGUCACGAACACCUCCAGAUUUAAUUCCUUCACACAUCGUGCUUGUUAUAAUGUGAUACCGGCCACUAAUGAAUCAGAGGUGUAGCCAGGAUUUUUGUUUAGGGGGGGGGGGCAGCAAAAAUCCAGGGUGGGGCCAAAAAAAUUUUCGGACCACAACAUUUUAAAUCUCCUUCCCCCCUUCCCCCCCCCUCCAAGUCGACAACUUUUUUGGUAAAAUUUUUCGGGACAAUAACAUUACAAUUGCUGUCGUAUCACUUUUCCCGAUUUCCAUAUCACUUUUUCCGAUGCUUCACCACGAAGAUUCCGACAACAUUGACAAUUUUCCGACGGGUUUGAACAUGAAGCUAUACAGGAUGUUUAAAAAAAAUUGCUAUGAAAAUUCAACAGGCUUUUGUGCAUCACAAACUUAACUAAACAAUUCAAUUUUUACCUAGGACGAAAGAGCUGUUAUUUAUCUUUUCUAUGAUAUAUUUCUUAAACCGUAACGAUGAGAAAUGGCCACAUACUCGUCAAAUAAAAAUUUUUGGUCAAAAUCACAUUCUUCCACCGUUGGGAAUCAAAAAUACAUUAAUUGUGAAAAGUUAAUCAAUCCAAAAGCACCGCGACGUUGCUGCAAAGAUACUUGUUUCGUAAAACGUUUUGAUUACGAAUGUUCCCUGUUCAGGUAUGGCAAGCCAACUGUAGCAAUAUUCAAUAAACACAUUCAACGUCAAUUCAAUGGAAAAUUCAACGUCAAUUCAAUCAAAAUUCAAUUUCAACGAAAAUUCAACUUCAAUUCAAUGAAAAUUCAACUUCAAUUCAAUGGAAAUUCAACUUCAAUUCAAUGAAAAUUCAACUUCAAUUCAAUGAAAGUUCAACUUCAAUUCAAUGAAAAUUCAACUUCAAUUCAAUGAAAAUUCAACUUCAAUUCAAUGAAAAUUAACCGGAAACGUUAGCACACUUUACAUCCGGGAACUUAGCACUGUACAUCCGGGAACUUAGUAAGUUUGCCGCCAUUUUGGAAAUUUAAUAUGGCGCCAGAGUAUGGCGCGGUAAAGUCAUGAAAAACGAGGAGAAACAUUUUGUAUAUUUGUUUAUAUUUCGAUAGUUUAAUAUGGACGGUGAUCAAUUAAAACAACUCGCGUCUUCGCUCGGAGAAUGUUCAAAUAUUGUUAAUCGCAUUUUAUCUAAUUCUGAUGAGCAACCAACAAGGGAAUCUAGUUCUUCAACCUGAAAGUGGAAAAUUACCUCAGAAAUUUAGACAUCACCAAAGCGAGUGGCCCUGACAAGAUACCAGCACGUCUACUAAAAGAAUGUGGUCGGCACAUUGCGCCUAGUAUCUGUGAAUUAUUUAACGUAUCCUUGCGUGUUGGACGACUUCCGGUAGAGUGGAAAUCAGCGAACGUGACACCAGUUCACAAGAAACAUCUGAAAGAACCAGCGGAGAACUACCGACCGAUAUCGCUUUUGCCUAUCAUUGCAAAACUAUUGGAACGUUGCGUAUGUAGGCGACUAUACGAACACGUAAUUAGCGCUAUCUCCUUAGGACAACACAGUUUCCUACGCAAUCGAUCAUGCACUACACAACUGCUGCAAGUUUUACAUAAGAUUGGAGAAAACCUUGACAGUAAUAUUCAAACAGACAUUGUCUACUUGGAUUUUGCCAAAGCUUUUGACUCUGUCGAUCACGGUUUAAUCUUGGCAAAACUCAGGCAAUUCGGUGUACAUUCGAACAUGCUAAAUUGGUUCACUAACUACUUAACUGGUCGGACCCAAAGAGUUGUCGUUGAUGGUGUUGCUUCAGGUUGGUCCUCAGUAACAUCUGGUGUACCACAAGGUAGCAUACUUGGUCCAAUGUUGUUUGUAUUAUUCAUCAAUGAUUUACCCGACAUCAUUCCCGAUAUAUCAGAAACUGCUUUGUACGCUGACGACACAAAAACAUUCAGGAAAAUUACUUGCGAAGAUGAUGCUCGCCAAUUACAACAAACCCUGACAAACCUAGCCACCUGGAGCAAUACCAACAAUAUGAGGUUCAACGAGUUAAAAUGUGAAGUGUUGACUGUGUCGCGAAAGAAACAACCUGUGGACUUCACAUACCGACUGGGCUCAACCACUCUUACUCAUGUUGAAAAAGAGAAAGAUCUUGGGGUUACAAUGACUGGAAAGUUAUGUUAUGCCUGUGAAGUUUGGUCCCCAUACAUCUGCUCACAGAAGACAAAGAUAGAGCGUGUGCAGAGACGAGCCACUAGAUGGAUAUUGAAAGCUAGAAAGGGUGAUUCCAGCUACAAUGAGCGUCUCGUUGAUCUGAAUUUACUACCUUUGUGUUAUGAUAGAGAGAUAAAAGAUCUAAUGUUCUUCUACAAGGCUCUUUAUGGUAUUUCCGAUCUCAAUGUUCAUGACUAUGUCUCGUUUGUAACCCAUAACCACUCCCGUCUAUGUCGUAAUCCCAACCUGUUGCUCAAGACUCCAUUGUAUAAAACCACAACAUAUCAGAACUCAUAUUUCAACCGGAUCGUGAAAUUAUAGAACAGUGUUUGUAAAGUAGCUCCACCAAAUACAUUUUCUAGUGUCAAAACAUUUAAAUACUACCUCUUUAAUUAUUAUUCUAUGUUAGUAUCGACCGUAUUCGAUGUAAACUUGUUAUGUACUUGGUCUAUGUCACGUGACUGUUCCUGUCAUAGGAGUUAAUUGUCUUGUUGUAUAAACUUGUUAUUAGUAUUUACAUAGUAAACUAUAUUUACAUGUAUUCUGUUGGAAAGGUGCCUUGCAUGGAUAGCGCAAAUUAUUUACGUUCCGUUCGCACCUCUUCCAUUUGGGUAAUAUUCGUUCUUCGCAUGCAUAGUAUUAGUACGUCUUUUGUAAAUAAUUAUUAUAUUUACCCAAUAAAGUAUUUAAUUAAAAAAAAAAACAAAAAAAACCCCCAGCUCACCCUCAACUGUCGACAACAACACGGUUGCGGAUACGGUCGGUCGAGCGCGGUUAAUGCUGCAGCGGUCCACGAUGGCAGGCCUGUGUUCUCGCCUAAAUCAACGAGAACGCUUGCGAGCUUCCCCAAGAUCAGCUUCUACUGCAACUGGUAGUAGCGAAGCAAAAAAGCCGAAAAAGAACAAUGUCAAUGAGCAGCAGAAGCCUUUUGAGUUUGCCUUGACAAACUAUGGCGAUGAAGAUGAGUGCGACCGCUGCGACGAAUACAUGAUUACCAGCAAUAACAUCAUGCUUAGAGGAUUUGUUAAUCUGAUGACCACAGACAGUGAAUCAAACGUACAUUCGAGCAAAAAUUGGCGAGGCAAUUAGACUGAAAUAUCCUUUGGUUAGAAACAAUGAUUUUGUGUUUCUUCGUGCGAAUCGUCGUAAAUUGAGUAUACCAGUUACUUCUCAAGAGUAUUCCUUCAAGCAAGUGAAACUGCUUGCUGGCCAGGGUGCCAUUUAUAUCAAAAUGAAAGAUGGGUUAAAUUGUUUUUGAGGAAGAAGACAGAACUGCCAGCGACGGUGAUGGUGCCAUAGAAGGUAUUGUAAUUUAUGUCCUAAUCAGUUCCAACCGUGACUGACCUCCCCCCCCCUAAUUCCCACCCGAAAUUUGUUCAUUUUGUUGAAGUGUUGAACCGCUCAAAGAAAUAAAUAUAGUUGCAUAAUGGGAGGGGUUGGUUGAUUGGUGGUCAUACUUGGAAUUGAUCGAGACGUAAACGUUAUAUAAUUUGUGAUUAUAUAGAGAACAAUGGCUGAUCGCAUUAUUAAUCUGCACCCCCCCCCCCUAUUGAGGACAUGUGGAAUUUCCAAUGGCCCCCUGCAAAAGUGAACCAAAAAUGAAGGAAUUUCCAUGGGAGGGUCCAAAUUUUAAAGCAACUCUGUGGAAAUUCCAAAGGGUAGGUAAGAAAAAUGAGUAAAACAUAUGGAAUGUCCAUGGGAUGGUCAACAAUGGAAAAGAAAUUCCAAAGGAUAGGAUAAAAUUUAGCAAGGAAUUUUCCAAGGGAUAGCUACUAAUCAAAGAGUCAAUACGGAAUUUCCACUGGCUAGAUCGAAAACCGUCAAGGAAUUUCCAUGGGAUGGGUUAAAAGUUCAUAAAAAAUUUGCGGAAAUUCCAUGGGCAUGGCUAAAAUUCAAAAAAAAUCUGCGGAAAUUCCACAGGGGAGGCUAAAAUUUCGCUUAAAAUAUGUGGAAAUUCCAGGGGAGGGGGGACCAAAAAAUGGAUGUCCUCAACAGGGGGGUUUGGAUUAAUAAUGCGAUCAGCCAAUACAUGGGUGCACGGAAAUACAACAUUUAUUUUGAGUAUUGAACAUGAUAUCUCAAGCGUGAGCACAGCGAAGGAGUGAAAUGUUCAACACGAGAAAUAAAUCUGGUAUUUUGAAGCAUCCAUGAAGUUUUCUGUUUAUUAUAUAAAGUGCAGUCUUUUGAAAAGCCAAAAUUUGUUAUCUUUCAGAAACAUUGUCCAGGCCAGCUUUUUCUAUGGAUGAAGUAGUGGAAUUGCCUGCACCUGAGAAAACAGUUGAAGAAGUACCAAAACCAAAGAACCUGUGGGUUUUAGAAGAAAACAAAGGAGAAUCUAGAGCAAGCUUCCGAGGUCCAUUGGAAUCAGUUGCAUGUGAUUGUGUCGAUUAUUGUAAAAGUAAUGACAUUACAAAUCCUGUAGAAAUCUUACGUUAUGUCCAAAGUUGUAUUGUUACUGGCAGGCCAUUGGAUGUACAAGAUGUCACUGUCAGCUAA